AAAAAGUGUUAACUUAGCUUUUAUAGAUUUUUUUACAAGCAAGUAUAAAAAAACAAACAAAUAAAUAAAUAGAAAGAAAUGUUUCACAUAGCUAGGAAUUUUUUAAAAUUUAAAAAAUAUUCACAACUAUCCUUAUUAUAAAAUGAAGGAUACUUAUAAAAGCUAAUGUAAAUAAAACAAGGUUGUGGUUAUCCGCUUUUGAAGAAUAGUCACAUACAUUUCUUCUACUCAACAGCAAAAAUGAAAGAUUAUUAUAAAAUUUUAGAUGUACCAGAAAAUGCUACUUAGGACUAAAUAAAAAAAUAAUUUUACAAGCUUGCUAAGCUUUACCAUCCAGAUUCUGGAGACAGCAAAGGAGAUGAUGAGAAAUUUAAAGAAAUCUCUGAGGCUUAUAAUAUUGUAGGAGAUGAAGGUAAAAGAAUUAAAUAUGAUUCAGAUAGGAACCUAUAUAAGCAGCAAUAAGAAUAGAAUAAACGUCAAUACAAUUAGUAUUAGUCUUCCUAAUCAAAUUAAUACACAUAUCAGCAAUAUUAAUCUUUUAAAGACCAUCAAAAAAGAUAUCAUCAACAAUACUAACAAUAGUAAUAAUAAUAAUACGAAGAAUAUGAACCCUAUAAUCCAUAUACAAGAUCGAAAUAGCAAAGUGCUUAGGAUGAUUAAAAAUAUAAAACAUAUAAAGAUUAUCAAGGAUUCUAAACUAGAGAUUUUGAUAGAGGAAAUAUGGUAAGAGAAGGUUUUUUUGAAAAUAUGAAAGAUGCACCAGAGUUAUGGGUAUUGACAGGUAUUAUGCUUCUUCUUGUGUUAAGAUGGUUUUUCUUGACAACUGUAGAAUAAAAAUAGAAAAACUAUACUGGUGAUGAAGACUUUGAGUAUGGCUAACCUAGAGGUCGUAUUGUCUUAAGUGAAGAAGAUAUUCAAGGAUUAACUCUAGUUAAAUUAGAAGAACUUGAUGCAACUGGUAAAUACUUACUUCCACCAAAAGCUAAAGCCUCUGUUGAAGAAUACAGAAGCAUUGCAAAAUCAAUAGAUUAUGACAUUAAAAAGGAAAAUUAAAAAAAGAAAAAAAAGGCUUCCGAUUUAGGAGUUGAAGAUAAGUUUGCUGAUGAUAUUCUUGAAGAAGAAGAUUUUGAAGCAAAACUUGAAAAAUUACACCAAGAGAGAAAGCAAUCGAUCCUAGAGUAGGUUAUAGAAAAAGCUGAAUGGGAAUAAGCUGAAAAGGAAAAGAAAGAAUAGCAAGUAAAGAAGGCAAAACCUCAAACAUACAGAAACGCUUCAUCAUAGGUAAUGUAUGAAAAAAGUGCUAACCCUAAUUUGUAUUCUAACUUCAAUUAUGCAGAUAGAUUUUAGAAAAAGAAAACAUAGGAAGAUAAGCAAAGCAAUGAGAAAAAAGAUAAAUAAUUAAACACAUUGAAUGAGUAGGCUUAAUAAGCAUUAGAUACCCAAAUAUAAGAAAAAGCAUAGCUAAAUUAAGCAUAAAUAGAUACAAUUUAGUAAUUAAAUCCUGAUUAAUUUUAGGUUUUCGGAUCCAAGAAGAAAAGCAAAAAAUAAAGUGAAAAUGAUCAAAAUAUUAAAUUAGUCUAGUAAGAAAGUUUAAUCAGCACUGAAAGUUCUUAAUAACAAGAAUUAUCUUAAAAUUAUCAAUAAGAAACAGUAAACGAAAGGAUUGAAUAGAAACAAGAUAUUUAAAUUGAACAAUUAAUUCAUUAAAAUGAAAGCUAAAAUGUAAUAUCUGAAAAUCUAGAUUAAACUCAAUCAGUACCUUAACCUUGA